CGAGGCAAAUGAAUUUUAUCAAUUACUAUCAUACUGGGAUAGUUUUGAAAAAAAUGCCCGUGUGUAUAAGACGAAGAUCGAUCAACGGUAUAUUUCUCUUCCUAUCGCGAUUCCUUACUAUAUCGGUACUCGUCGAAGGUACGACAUUACCGUCAAACAUGUUACUGGAUCUGGGUAGACGUACAAAUAUCUCUAUGGAGAAAUACGAGCAGGCGGAACGAGCGAUCCUGAACUCGCGCACGCAUUUAAAUCACGGCUCACCCUCGUGGUUCCUCGGGGCGUCACACGAGAUAACCGAGCACGCCCAAAAUCUGUCGAGGCGAGCCCUGCGAAUAGAAACGAUGGCCGUGAUGUUGGUGGAAGCUUUGAACAUGUCAUCGAAAGAGGCGACGUCCGUGUUGCCAUCAGUUGCCCCCAUCAAUUGCCCCGACUCGCCUACAUUUUUGCAAGUGAUGGCCAGUUGCAAGAAGAUCGAUCCUCGCUACAGGACGCACAGCGGAAAAUGCAAUAACGGUUUGCAUCCGACUUGGGGCGCUGCCCUAGAGGCUUACGUCCGAUUCUUGCCACCCGAAUACGUGGAUGGCGUGUCUUUACCACGCAUAAACUUGCCAAGCGCCAGAGAUGUCUCUUUAAACGUGCAUUCCGGUGGAUCCGACCUCAAACAUCCCUACCUAAUGGCGCUCACUGCACUCUUCGGCCAAUUCCUCGUCCACGAUCUUGCGCACACACCGAAGAUUGAACUACCCGAUGGAGCGAAAUUGAAGUGUUGCGACGUGGAUUACGAACACUUUCAUCCAGAAUGUUUCCCGAUCCGAGCCGAUAACGCUGUCGGUUGCAUGGAAUAUUCUAGAUCGGCGCCGCACCCAGGAUAUUCGUUACAGGGAUGCAAAUUGGGUCCUCGACAGCAGAUCAACCAAGCGUCCUCGUAUUUGGAUCUUUCCCCUCUUUACGGGAGUUCCGAAGACGUAGCGAAAGCUCUCCGAUCCGGCAAAGGAGGUUUGCUUAAUACGCAAAGGAAGAACUUGCCCAUGCCUUCGCCCAAGUACGAAAGUUGCAGAACCGCGAACAAAGCUUUCCCGUGUUUUCUUAGCGGGGAUUCGCGGGUAAACGAGAAUCCCGGUCUCACUCUGAUGCAUGUACUUUUUCUACGUGAACAUAACCGAGUCGCUACUGCCCUGGGACAACUGAAUCCCCACUGGGAAGAUGAGAGACUCUACCAGGAAGCAAGAAGGAUCGUUAUCGCGGAAAUGGAGCAUAUAACUUAUAACGAGUUUCUACCCGUUGUUCUCGGCGAAACAACUCUCGACAAAUACCAAUUACGCUUAACGCAUCGAGGCUAUUUUCGAAACUACGACAGUCGAACGGAUGCGACACUUUCGAACGCUGUCGCGUCUGCUGGACUCUUCUUCAUUGCCACGUUGACCCCAAAAACCCUCGACCUAGUUGACUCGCGAUCGGCGUCAAAGUCUGGAGAAAGGUCCUUACUAUCGGCCUUCUACGCUCCGCAAGAGUUCUAUGAAGCUGGUGCUAUUGAUCGCUUGAUCGUCGGCGCUACAGCGGGACAUUCUAGGAAGCCAUUGCCACCGGGACUGAAUGAAAUCCUUUUGGAAAGAUAUUUUCAUGAUGGAAAAAGCAACGAUAUUGCCGUGGAUUACGCUGCACAAAUCAUACAACAAGGAAGAGAUCAUGGUUUACCACCUUAUGUUAGAUGGCGAUCAUUUUGUAAUUUACCUCAUAUUAUUAGUUUCGAAAAUCUUAGAGGUACAAUGUCUAAAAAUACUAUAGACAAACUUCGAAAAGUUUAUAAAAAAGUAGAAGAUAUAGAUUUAGUGACAGCAUUGCUUUCGGAAGCACCGUUAUCCGAUUCAGUUUUAGGACCAACAUUUCUUUGUUUAUUGGGUCGUACUUUCCGAAAUAUUCGUUUUGGUGACAGAUAUUGGUAUGAAAAUGCAAACAGCCCAGGAUCAUUUACUUUAAAUCAAUUAGAUGAAAUCCGAAAAAUCACAAUGACACAAAUUUUAUGCUACAAUGGUGAAAGACUGAGUUUGAUACAACCAAGAGCAUUUCUUUUAAGAGAUCGAUUUUUAAAUGAACUAAUAAAUUGUACAAUACACACAAGUGGAUCUCCAAAUCUUUUACUUUGGAAAGAAAAUAAUUCAUAAUUUUUUUGCUAUUUAUAAUUAUAGAUAACAAAUUUUAUUUAAUUAUUAUUAAUAAAAAGUACUAUCAAUUAUGUCAAUCAAUAUUGUUCCUUGCAUAGAAGAUAUAAAUUUAUAUAAUUUAUUUUUUUUUUCUUAUUAAAAAACUAAAUUACAAUUUUUUUCAAUUGAAAAUUCUAACA